GGGAAAAUUCCCAUUUUUCUGGAAGCAGACACCAGGCUCUGCUUCUCCUGAGGGAAAACCUCAUUCCUAUUUAUCCCAAACCCCCAAACAACCCCAAUAUCCCCCGAAAAUCCCUAUUUUUUUGCCUCUCCCCUCAGGCCUGGCUGGAUGGCAGAGCUGGAGGGGCGGCGGCGGCUCCUGAGGCUGGUCCAGGAGGGAAAGCUGGAUUUGCUGCGGGAUGAGCUGAGGCUGGCUGAGGUUCCAGAGGCUCGCAGCUGGCGCUGGGGGCGUUUGGGGGACUCCCUGCUGCACCACGCGGCUCGGGCGGGACACCGGGACGUGCUGCAAUUCCUGGUUGGGGACAUCGGGAUGGACGUGGAGGUGGCAAAUGGGGACUACAAGAGACCCAUCCAUGAGGCUGCUUCCAUGGGGCACCAGGAAUGUGUGGCCUUCCUCCUGGAGAGAGGGGCCAGCGUGGACUGCUUGAAAAAGGCUGACUGGACUCCCCUGAUGAUGGCCUGCACCAGGAAAAACUUGGGAGUGAUCCGGGUCCUGGUGGAGCACGGAGCCAACCCUCUGCUGAGGAAUAAGGACGGCUGGAACUGCUUCCACAUCGCCAGCAGGGAGGGGCACCCCGAGGUGCUGCGGUACCUCCUGGAUGUGUCCCCAGGGUGCUGGGACACGCAGAGCACCACGGGGAGAACUCCCCUGCACACUGCAGCGAUGCACGGCUGUUCCCAGGUCGUGGAGCUGCUCCUGGAGCGGUGCCAGUACCAGCCCGACAGCAGGGACAGCUGUGGGGUCACUCCCUUCAUGGAUGCCCUGCAGCACGGGCACGUGGGCAUCGCCCGCCUGCUGCUGCACAGACACCAGGCGUGUCCCACAGCCGUGGAUGCCCUGGGGGCUCAGGCCCUGCACAGGGCAGCGGUGACAGCCCAGGACGGAUCCCUCCAGUUCCUGGUGUCCGAGCUGGGCGUGGAUGUCAACGCCAGAGCCACGGCCCUGCUCCUGCCGGCCCUGCACUACGCAGCCAAGGAAGGACAUGGACACACCAUCCACACCCUGCUGGCCCUCGGCGCUGACAUCCAGGCCAAGGAUGGGAAGGGCCGUUCUGCCCUGCACGCGGCCAGCGCCGCCCAGCGCGCCGGGGCCGCUCAGAUCCUGCUCCGCGCCGGCCUCCACGACUGCCGGGACGCCACGGGAACGCUGGCACAGCAGCUGGCCAGGGAGCCUGAGCUCAUCCAGCUCUUCCAGGAGACACAGGGCAGCACCUGAAGAGGAGGAACUGCUCCUUUCCCUCAUGAUUCCAGGGCUGAGCUUCUCCUGUUCCCAUGCAGCUUCCUGGAACAGAACCAUCCCAGCCAAGUGCCACUUCUAGGGAUCCUCAUGGCUUUUCCUGGGAAUCUCCACACACUGAACAUCCCAAUGGAGAAGAUCCACCUGGAUCAUUGAUUCUCUAGCUCUUCAUGGACCUGCUCUCCUUAAAUUAAUUUGUGACCUCUUUGGGUAGGACACAGACUCUGGAAGCUGCAUCAACUUUUAAAUCCUUUCUGUAAGGCAGCUGAUCCUAAAACCUGCAGGAAUCUGUAGUGGGACCUCAACUUUGUGAGGAUAUCGGGGGUCUUUGGAUCAGGCUGAAAUAAGGAGGUUUUUUUAUUCCAAACUGGAGUGCUGGGCAAUUCCCAGCUCUGACGAACUUUAAAUCCCAAUGAUCUGCUCUUGGAAGCCUGGAAUACCCAGCAGGGUAAGAGCAGCUGCAGCUGUUGGGUUUGUGCAGCUGGAAUUAUGAAUUCCAUAGAAAAUGGAUGUGUCCUUGUUCGUUUGUAAUGCCAGGGCUUAAAAACUGAUGGAAUUCUGCUUUUUUUGGGGAUGGCAGAAGUUAAAAAUCAGGAAGGGAGUGAGUUAAGUUGUGCUCUGCCUGAGCCAUGGUGCUCAUGGCUGGGUUGGAGUGGGAAAUUCCCACCUUGCUAUCCUUGGAGCAGGAGAGAAAAGGUUUUAUUCCUCUAAAAAUCCUGGAUGCUUCCCCAAAUCCAGCUCUGGCCUCCCUACAGCAGGAAAUGCAAGGGGCUGCUUCAUUCCCACUUUUU